AUGGACAGUAUCGAGAAGUCCUCCAACGCGGACGCCACUACCGCACAACCUAUGAAGGAUGUGGGUGGGAAGCAAGCUGAUCAAGCAGCCCUCUUCCUUGCCGAGGCGGGUACUGAAAUUGUUCUCACUCGAGCUCAGGAGAAGAGGCUCAAGAGGAAGAUUGACUGGAUCUUGCUCCCAAUGCUCUUCUUGACUGCUACGCUCGGUGCUGUCGACAAAGUUGCCCUGAGCACAGCAGCCAUCUACGGACUUCGUACGGAUGCCAACCUCGUCGGCCAGCAAUACUCAUGGCUCGGCUCCAUCUUGAGUUUGGGUGCGUUGGUCGGCAUGUUCCCUUCUUCGGCCUUAUUGCACAAACUCCCAUCUGCAAAGUACCUCUGUACCUGCUCUAUGGGCUGGUCUGCUAUGGCUCUCGUCAUGCCAGCUUGCAAAAGCUGGAGCAGUAUGAUGGCAGUUCGUUUCUUGAUGGGCAUGUUCGAAGCUAUCAUCGUCCCUGGCAUCUCUCUGUUGAUUGCAGGAUGGUACAAGAAAGACGAACAACCCCCACGAAAUGCACUAGUGUUUGCUGCCGCCAGCUCUGUGGUCAACGGUUUCCUCUCCUGGGUUAUCGGCCACAUUCCCGACAGUGCCCCGUUGUCCAAAUGGCAGUACCUUUAUCUCCUCAUCGGGUCUAUUUCAAUGCUCUGGUCUCUCUUUGUCUUCAUCUUCCUCCCUGCGACCCCAAUGGAAGCCAAGUUCCUGAACAAGGACGAGAAGGUCUUCUGGGUCCAGAGACUCGCUGGAAACAAGACUGGCAUUGAGAACAAGGUCUGGAAAUGGGAUCAAGCUCUUGAGGCCGUCAUCGACCCAAAGACUUGGCUUAUCUUUUUCUUCAACAUUGCCAUCAACAUUCCCAACGGUGGCUUGACGACUUUCAGUGGUAUCAUUAUUUCCAACCUCGGCUUUACACCAGUCAAUGCGUCCCUGCUCUCCAUGCCCACGGGAGUCAUGUCAACACUCUCAUCCUUUGUGUUCUCGAUGUUGGCUGCAAAAUUGAACAACCGCCGUUGCAUGGUGAAUAUUGUUGCUUGCUGCGUACCAAUUAUCGGGACUGGUAUUUUGUACGGCGUUCCUCGCACCGCGGUAGGCGCCCAACUUGUCGGCCUCUAUCUGGUCUAUACCUACUUCGGUCCGUACGCCGUUGGAAUCUCUCUGGCACAAGCCAACACGGCGGGACAUACAAAGAAAAGUUUUUCUUUCGCCAUCCUCUACAUUGGAUACGCAGUUGGAAACUUGAUCGGUCCGCAGACCUUCCGCGCAAGCCAGGCGCCGGGAUAUACUGGCGGAGUUGUGGCAAUGUUGGUCUGUUACUGCGUUUGCAUCAUGCUUAUGAUUGCAUACUGGCUCUAUUGCAUAGCUCUCAACCGGAAAGUCAUUUCCCUGGAGCAAACACCAAGCCAAGAGGAUUUGGUCGAAGUGUUCCAGGACGUUUCUGACUUCAAGAAGGAGAAUUUCAAGUAUACUACUUAA